CAAGCGGGGUGAGCAGUGGGCGGCAGCUCAGUCGGUGCACUAAGGACAUGAUGAGCCAGCAGACGGGUCAGCUUGCAUUGCUCGUGCACACCCCUGCAAGUGGAUGACCCCUCUUCACUUGGCGUCUGGCUCCAACUCAAGCAUCAUCCUAGCACGGGCACUCUAUGAUAGUACAAUCCGACCACUGACAAUUAUACAAACCGUUGGUCAGCAGUCCACCAACAGAUAUGACAGCACUACUACGUACACGCAUGCCGCUGUCAGGUACUCUGAAGAACGAGGCUUUCAAUACCCCCAAACCGGUCUCGAGGGCUAUAGGCUAGCUGCAUGCUGGGUGGUGUGGGAUAUAUGCAGGCCUCUUCCACCAUCGGCAUCGAGGUGGUCCGCGCACUCACUGCGAACCAAUGGUCGCACUCUUCAGCCAGCUGAGAUCUACCAAUCCAAAUGCUCAAAUUGAACGCUUACUCCAUGGGAGGCCUGAACUACUCAGUAGUCUCCUACCACUACGGUUUUAAUACAUUCACAGGGUGCUUCAGUUAACAACACGGCAACAGGUUGGGGUGCAGUUUAUCAUUAACGACACACACCAUUUCCUACAGGGAUAUA